AACAAACAAGGAGAUUCAUCCUUCACCACACCAAAAAAACGUCUCACAGCUUCUGUGUGACAGCUAAGCUCAUCUGAGCAGACUGUCAACAGACAGCAUUUCUCUUCUCACCUCAAUUUGUACUUAUUAUAACCAUCGUGUGUAGUUUAAGCUCCAGCAUCAUCAGAAAAACAAGUCAAUUUAAUCGAUGGCAUUAACUAAAAUUAAUUUAAAAGAGCUAAACGCACAUAAUUAAAAAUAAAAUAAUAUACAUAUAACGAUUCGAGUAAAUUGAAAAGGAACGUUUUUUUAUUUGCAUUUAAUGUACAUUGAAAAGUCCAUUACAAAAAUUUAAAACGUAAUAAUGAAUAAAUUGCUGAUUUAUUUCUUGCUGGUGACAGUUCUCAUAUAUAAAGUUAUUUCCGUACCAACACAAACGCAAACAGAGGUUCCUCAAGAUGACGAAGAUGAAGAUUGGGACGAAGACGACGAUUCGUCUGAGGUAGACGAUGAUGGACGUGUCUAUAAGAAUCCUAGAAAUUCACCAUCCACUGAAUGUCCAAGAGAUGAGGAGCAGGCAACGCUACUCGGGCAGAAAUGUUUAAGAAAAUGCUCCUCGGAUGAGGACUGUAAGAGUAAAAAGAAGAAGUGCCUAUGUGAUGGUGUCUGUGGUAUGUCCUGUAUUAAGCCAGAUAGAGAAUGUCCUGAGCUCGCGCAGCCAUCACUGGGCCAAGUUACGGUCGCAGGUAGGCAUUUUGGAGCACGUGCUACAUAUUCUUGUCCCCAUGGAUAUCAUGUUGUUGGACUACAGAGUCGUCUAUGUCAGGCGGAUGGCAAUUGGGCCGGCGCUGAACCGGCAUGUAAACAGAAUAUUUACUGUCUCAAACCACCGCAAAUAGAGCAUGCACGCCAUUCAGCGCUACCCGAACAGGAAACCUUUGAUCUGGAUUCUACCGUUCAAUAUCAUUGUCAUACUGGUUAUGUAACAAAUGGAUUUCCACGUGCCAAAUGUCUAGCCAUUGAUGGUCAGGCCAGCUGGUAUGGACCGGAUAUACAAUGCGAACCAAGAUCAUGUGGACAGCCGCCAGAUCCAGCUUAUGGCUGGCAUGCUGGUGAAUGCUACACUUUCGGUUGUAAAAUUAGUUACAACUGUGGCAAUACCUAUGAGUUGGUGGGUAAACAUGAACGCUACUGCCAAUCGGAUGGCUCCUGGGUGCCAAAGGAACUGCCCACAUGUGUCUUGGUCACAUCUGUUGUCUGUCCGACACCGGAAAAUCCACGAAAUGGCAAAGCUACAUACACCACCAUGGCCUACAACUCAGUGGUAAGUUAUGAAUGCCGUUACGGUUAUACAUUAGUAGGAGAAAGUAGUAGUAGAUGUGGUGCCGAUCGGAAGUGGAGUGGAACCCUGCCAACUUGUAAAGAAAUUAACUGCGGACAUCCUGGUGUACUUUAUAAUGGUUGGAUUGAGAACAUCGAAGCUGGGACUGGACUUGGGGCGAGCAUAAUAUUCCGCUGUCAACCGGAAAUGUUAAUACAAGGACAUUCGUCCAGUGUUUGCCAAAUCGAUGGUCGUUGGCGUAAUCCAUUACCCGAAUGCUUAGCACCAUGCGUUGUACCAUCCAUUUCGCAAGGUUAUGUAAUACCUGUUGAAAUCAUUACCGAUGAAAAUGGCACCACCAUUAUUACGCCCACAACUACACAAUCGCCCACAACUUCGAGUAGCGGUGUUGAAAAAGUCAAACAUGGCACUGCUUUGGAGGUGAAGUGUGAUGAAAACUAUGAAUUCCCCGUCUCACUACUAAGUCCACCUACAUGCAAUAACGGUACUUGGAGUAUUAUACCGCGUUGUGUACCUGCACGUUGUAAAAAUAUGCCGAGACCACCUAAGCAUGGCAUGGUGCUCGCACCGAAAACGGAACACGGAAUGAAGGCUAGAUUUAAGUGUAAAGACGGUUUCAAGCUGAUUAGUCCUGAGGGCAAGGAUGUCACAGAUCCCAAUGAAUAUGUUCUAACAUGUUCAUUCGGUAAUUGGACCGGUGAAACACCACAAUGUCAAGAAGUGUUUUGUUCGUUUCCCGGUUAUAUACCUAACGGCAAGGUAUUGCUUGUCGGAAAUAUGGGCCUCUACGAUUAUAGACCGUAUGUAAAAAAGAUCGUUAAUAACAAACAAAUAAUGUAUGACUGUGAUAAAGGUUAUGUUCUGGAGAUAGGACCACCAGGGGCCACUUGUGUUGGUGGGAAAUGGCGACCUCUAGAACUACCGCAAUGCUUACUUGGGCAACAUCCGAGAUUACGUUGGAAUCGAAAACGACGUUCUAUACAAAUGCGUUAUUUACGCUCCCAAUAUUUAUCACGUAAUAAACGAGAUUUGCAACGAAAGCUAGAUGAGAUAAUAAACGGAAACUUUCAACAAUCGUUAAAAGCACUCAAACAAAAUUCUGACAUAUCCACCUUCCCCAAAACACGUAUCAAACGAACUCCUUCUGAGAUCGAUCAAGCAUACUCCAAAUAUUAUCAGAAGAUCAAGCAGAAAUAUCAAAAUUACGUCAAAAAUUUACUUGGCUACAGCAGAUUGCAUAACCCGACAGAUUUCCGAAAUCCAACCAAUUUAAUACAAGUACAAGAUGGACGUUGGUACAAUACCUAUAGUAAUCCCGAUCUGGUCACACGUUACAAAGCUACACACAAGUCGCGAACAUCGAAUAAUGAUUUCUUAAGUCUAGAAAAUGACGAACACGAUUUUCUAUCACAUCGCGUAUCUACCAAGAUACCUCUACCUAACAUCAAUCAAAAUUCCCGUUAUAGUGUACUUGCCAACAAACCGAUUGCUAAUGAGAAUAUACUGUACGACAGCAACUCGGCAAGUUAUUUCUUUAACAACUUUCGCAAUUUGCCAAAAACUCAAAACGAAACCGAUUUGAUACAACAACUUAAGUCACAAAUUGUGCGUCGACGACGCAAGCGCAGCAUUAACAGUCCAACGACAUUGUCGCCACUUGCACCAGAUGAUGACACAAAUGAUCAAUUGGAGUCGAAGGAGGGCAGAAAGCGUUUACGUGGACCAUGUGAGGAUGUUAACUGGGAUCAAUUCUCCAAUAUAACGGUGGUUAGACCGGGUAAAGCACCUGGUCGCAAUAGUGUUGGUAUUAUGCUUUAUUUAGAAUGCAACGCAGGCUUUAAACUAAAUAUAAAAGGUGAAAAUGCGACCGCGCGUUGCAUACGUGGCAUUUGGAAGCCUGAUACGCCUAAAUGCCUCUCAGGUAAUGUCCAGGAAACACCUUGCCUGGUACCGGCCGUCGAGAAUGGUAGAUACUUCAAAGUGGAAGCGAACACGAAAACGCUUACCGAUAAGCCUACACUAACAGCACUGACAACCUAUGAAGAAGUUGAAUCAAACGAAUUCAUAACGCUCGAAUGUGACGAUGGAUUUAAUAUACAGGGUUCAGCACAGUUGCGUUGCGCUCAUGGCAGUUGGUCGGUGAAUGCAUUUUCCGAAUGUGUAUCCAUACCAUGUACACUGCCGACGCUACCUGGCAUAAUUUACGAGGGUGGCUACCGAUCCGGACUUACAAUUGGUCACGGCAGUACGGUGAGCGCUCAUUGCGACCACUCAACAAAUGCUAUGCCCAUUGAAAUGAGCUGUAACAAAGGUAUCCUAAGUCCACAAAAUAUACACUGUGAAACGGGCCAACGCAAAUCACGCGAGGAAUUUCCAUCUGAAGCGCAUGGCAAUGGAAAAUCGAAUCAUGUUAUAACGUUAAAAAUUGAUAAUUCCGAAUCGGAAGAUGCGACAAAUGCAACGGAAGAGAAUGUGACUGAAGAGUUGAAAAUGUGUGGUCCACCGAGCAUAGCCGAUGGUGCUUUGGUAUACAAAAAUACUGAUUUAUCUGAUAUCGAGGGUGUAUACGAAAGCGGCACCGAAAUUUUUUUUAAUUGCAUACCGAGUGCUGCCGGAGAGAGGAAUACGUGGAAAAUAAUAUGCGAGAAUGGCCAAUGGAUUGGACGCUCCUACAAUUGCGCGAAUGGAACAUGCUUGUUCAAAAACAAUGAACCAAAUGUGGUUAGUUUUUAUAAUGAUCUCGAAAUACGGGAAGAUGUAGUGGAAUUUCCACCAGGUGCCACAAUAAUAUCACGAUGUGUGGACAUAGGAAAGUUUUCAAUGGUUGGCAGCAAUGAACGAACUUGUAUACACUCCGAAUGGACAGGCAAUAAGCCAACUUGCUAUGGAUUGAAUCAGGAAAACGACUAUGCAAUGGAAAAGGCGCCAACAAUAUUAUUUAGACAUCAAAAUGGGCCGAUAGCGCAGAGUAAUGAUGGAAAGCUGAUUGUCUAUCCGGGUACAACGUUACACAUGGAAUGUCUUUGGAUGAGACGAUUUGGCAAUCCCAAGUGGAAUGUGAGCCAUGAAUUUAGAAAUUACUCUGAGGGUUGGGUCACCGAGGCUGAUGCGGGACGCGAUGCAACACUAGAAUACCGUUUAACCAUAUUUAAUGCAAUUGAUGAAGAUACCGGUGUUUAUUCCUGUCAAACUCCGGCUAGACAUGAACACUCUGUAGAAGUGGUCGUUAAAGCCAUAAAUUGUCCAGAAAUACCACAACGACGUGGUCUUAUUGUAAAUACGAAUGACACCAAAUUAAGUACACGCGCUUUGCUCUCGUGUGCAAAUGGAAAUUCAUUGAUUGGCGCUUCAGAACUAUUUUGUCUGCCCAGCGGCAAUUGGAGUGCGCCACUACCAGUUUGCGAGAGUGUCGAAUGCGGUGAUAUUCCUUUGCCGAAUAAUAUCAGUUCGCCGCGUGUUGCGGUUUUAUCGCGUGAAGUUGGUGGUAGAGCAGCAUUUUCUUGCGCUUCUGGCUAUGGUUUGCGUGGCCCCGCCGAGGCUAUAUGCUUACCGACCGGCGAAUGGGCUACGCCCUUUCCAACAUGUGUUGAAGUACAAUGUGAAAAUCCCGGCGCACCACUUAAUGGCUAUGCACAAGGUUCAACGCCAUACCGCGCAGGGGAUGUUGUUCAAUUCAAUUGUAAUCCAGAGUACAUGAUGCAAGGGCAACCGAUAAUAGCAUGUCAGGAUAAUGGACGCUGGUCGAGCGGAUUGCCGAAAUGUGUACAAGCUUGUUCAUAUCCUGGCACGGCUAUCAGCGGUCGUAUGUCAUCUGUCAAAUUUUAUUAUGCAAUUGGUGAGAGUAUUACAUUUACCUGCGACGCUGGUCUUGAAUUACGUGGUGCUAAAGUCCUUAAAUGUUUAAAAAAUGGAAAGUGGUCGAAUGCUAUACCAACAUGUGUCACUGCGGAUCAAGUGAACAAACAUCAGAAUAUAAUGGGUUAAUGUGAAAAAAAAUGUAAAAUUACUGUAUAUCUAUAGAGAAUAUACAAUUUUUCGAUUCCUUCCGAAUGGAAAUUAAAAACAUGUCGAUUGGAUUGUAACGCAUAGCGCUUUUAAUAAAAGUAAUAAUAUAUUAUAAUUAAAAGUAAAUAAAUUAAUUAAAAAAAUUAA